GCGGGAGGUUGGCAUGGCGCUGGCCCCGUUCCGGUUCAUGGAUUUCACUUGGAAAACGUCCACCGAAGAGGAGGAGAGCAGCGUCAUCCAGAAAACGGAGAGCAAAAUCGCAACGAAGGAAAAGCAGUGGGGCACCAAGACGGUGCAGCAGCGGCAGAAGGAUAUCAAGAGCGCGCUGUUGGGCAGUUUGGCCAGCGAUCCCAAGUACGCCGACAAGGUAAAGGAGAUUCUGAAGGAAGACAAAAACAGCAGUUCGUCGACCGCCGGCGGCGGCGGCGGCGGGGGGAAGAACCGGCGCAACAGCAAGGACGACUUCUCAGCAGUGGGUAACGAAGCCGGAAACAACGCAGAAGACAACAAUAAAAACGCCAGCACCGCGAGCAACUUGCUGACGCACCUCGUCGUGAAGUACACGCGGGCAAACUUGCUGAAGCACAAGCAAUUUACGAAACAAGACGCGGUGAAAAAGUACGGCGAGGAGAGCGUGUUUAGCACUAAGCGGCCAAGUCUUCGAACUUUUGCGGAGUGGGUCUACGGAUGCCCAGCGGGGGGACGUCGACGAACAAAGCGUGAGAGGAGUAAGAAGAGCGCACGUGAAAACGAUGCAGCAACAGCUUCAAAAAACGAAUGUAAGCCGGUUUUUUCUUGCAUUGCGCGAGAUCAAGAACAGGAAUCUUCCUGCUCUGGCGCUGAUGGUCCGCAAGACAUGCACACCUUGCUGUUCACACGAAUCGACGCUGCCGGCAGUUGUAGGACGAAUCGAAACAGAAUUACAGCAGCUUCGAGCAGCC